AUGUCCAUCUUCAGCGCGCCGUACUGCGCCAGAAAGUUGGUGCAGACCGUCACCGCAGGGGACCAGAUCACCCUGCGCUUCGCUCUCCGGGUCGUCCCUGAGGCCGGAGCCGCGCGUCGGGGAGUCCCUACAGGGCUGCAGAUCACUCAGGGCCCUGACAACCUCACCAUCGCCAUGCAGACAGAGGUCUCCAUGUGCUGUGCUGCCCGAGGCUUCCCAGCUCCCACAGUGGAAUGGUUCAAAGACAGCCAUCUCCUGGCGAACAGCUCCUGCUUGAGUUUGCAGAACAAGGGACAGCUGCUUGUGUUCAAGAAUGUGUCUGAGGAAGAUGAGGGUUCCUACCACUGUGAGGCCAGGAAUGAGAGGGAGAUUGUCAGAUCUCAGCCUGCCUAUCUCCUCCCAGCAGAGAUGGAAUGGAACUUUGUCCAGCAGCCCACUAACCAGACAGUGAGGAUGGGAGACUCUGUUACUCUGGUCUGCAGACCCCCCUACAGCAGGCCUCCAGCCACGGUGUCCUGGUUCAAGAACAACCGCCUCCUCACUCCCAAGACACACUUCACUGUUGGGCCUAAUGGAGACCUCAUCUUCCACAGUGCCUAUGACACAGACAGGGGAGUGUACUUCUGCAGAGCGUCCAACAUCCACCUGUUCAGAUCUGUGACCUCUAGAAUAGCCAGACUGACCGUUCUCGCCCCUCCCUCGGUGAGGCUGUGGCCCCCAGUGGUGAUGGUCCCUGUGGGGGCCCAGGUGGUGUUCCACUGCCAGGUUUGGGGACAUCCCCUUCCCUCCAUCGUCUGGUCCAAACAGGGACGCUCUAUGCAGACUGGUGGAAAGAUCUCUGUGGGGGUGAGAAACGCUACCCUCUACAUCCUGUCUGUCAGGAGCUAUGACGAGGGGACUUACACCUGUGCAGCCUCUAACACUGUGGGGCAUGACCGGAGCACAGCUACUUUACGUGUCGCUGUGAGCCCCAUCAUAGUGUCCUUCGUUGGGGCCGUGAGCAGCUCAGAAGGGUCCUCUGUGGUCCUGCCAUGCAGAGCAGUGGGGGACCUCCCCAUCAGGUACACCUGGACCAGAGGACACUCUCAGACCUCUAUCACCCCAACCCUGAAGAGGCAUGUAGAUGAUGAGGGGGCUCUGCAUAUCUCCAGGGUUCAGUUGUCUGAUGCAGGGGACUACCACUGUGCAGCUGAGAACAGAGCGGGACAACAGCAAAGAAGAAUCACCCUCACCAUCUCUGCUGAAGAUGACCCGGCUGACAGAGACAAGCAGCAUAGACAGAUUGCGUCUGCAGUUCCAAACACUGAAGCAGAGCAGAGAAUUCCUCUGUCCAGUAACGUCCUGAGUCUAGCUCAGCGUUCUGAGAUGACCCAAUUACAGGCAGGAAGCACAGUUUCAUUCCAAGCAUCUCAAAGAGACUUGAGCAACGACAUCACCCACGUGUCUGCCCCUGACACUUUACGACUGCUCUCGUCUCUCAAGAAGACAGCUUUAGGACUAGCAGGUCUCAGCGGAGGACAGACAGGAUUGCUGGUACUACCGGACCAGGCCUCGGCCAAACCAACCCAGUCCACAAUCACACAGAUCCAGCUUCCAGUGCAACAACCCCCACAUCCACCUCUAUAUCAACCCUUAGACCUACUAAGCCAGCCUUCAGUAACUCAUAGAGUCGCCUCACUUACCCAGCUUCCAAUAAUACAUACCCAGCCAACAUUAGCACAUAAUCCACCCACAGAGACACAACGGCAGGUUUUAGUCCCACAUAGCCAAUCUCAAUUAACACAGUCCGUAUCCCAAAGCAUCCACAACCAGCCAUCAGUCAUGCAUAUCCAGCAUCAAGUCACUAACCAACCAAUUAAGCCACUAAAGCCCAUCACCAGUAUUACCCAGUCUCUGGUCCCACGCCCGCAACCUUCUCCAGACUCUCCCACUCACCUUUCAAACCCCUCUACCCAGAGUACGGAAUGUCUUACCCAGCCCAGAGAACCUGUGACUCAGUCUCUACUCAUGCAAACCCUGCAUCCUUCUGACUCAAUCACUCAAACUCACCAUCCUGUAACGCAAAGUUAUCCUUCAUAUUCACAUAUACAGCAUCCUAGCCCUGUCACCCUGUUUUCAGUCACACAAAUCCAGCCUGAACCUACACAAACUCAGUCUGAACCUACACAAACCCAGCCUGAACCUACACAAACUCAGCCUGAACCUACACAAACCCAGCCUGAACCUACACAAACCCAGUCUGAACCUACACAAGCCCAACCUGAACCUACACAAACCCAGCCUGAACCUACACAAACCCAUCCUCUACCAAAAACUCAGCCUAAACCUACACAAACCCAGCCUGAACCUACACAAGCCCAACCUGAACCUACACAAACCCAACCUGAACCUACACAAGCCCAACCUGAACCUAUACAAACCCAACCUGAACCUACACAAACCCAACCUCAACCUACACAAACCCAGCCUGAACCUACACAUACCCAGUCUGAACCUACACAAACUCAGCCUGAACCUACAGAAGCCCAACAUGAACCUACACAAGCCCAGCCUGAAGUUACACAAACCCAGCCUAAACCUCAACGAACCCAGCCUACACAUCUCCUGACCCAGCCUUCAGUCUCAAUCACACAUGCUCCUGACCUGAGCACCAUACCACCCACCCCUGACCCCAAAGGCCCUAGUGCCCCAUGGACCUCCACACCAGACAUCCUGCAGCAGAACAUGAGUCAGCCUGCUAAGCCAGUUUAUCCAGCCAAACCAACCAGGCACAAUGACACAGAGCCCACAGAGUGGCUGAAGAGGAACACUUCUCAGUCCCCCAUCAGGACCAGUGAGGACCCCAGAGUAAAGCCUCCUCCUCCAUGGCUCCCAGUGCUGGAGAAACAUGACAUCCCCAUCGUGGUGGGAGUGGGUGUGUCUCUGGCCUUCAUCUUCAUCACCAUGGCCUUCUACUCCCUGGUCCAGAAGAAAGAGCCUGCCCCCGCUAUUAGAGUUCCCAGGAACCUGGGAGUCCCCUUCAGACAUGCUGAACGUCUGGCCACUGGGAGGACUUAUGAGAACAGGGCGUUUGAGGAUGAUGAUUUGGUGGCUGUGAUUGAACAAAGCCCCGACACGUCAGAUACACGUACCAGGCCCCCUGCCCCCCGCCCAGUCACUGUGAUGAUAGACCCUGCCUUUGAUGAGACUCAGGAGACACAGCCUCGCCCCCCGUCCUCUCCAGAACACUCAGUCAUAGCAGAGACCUACCCUGAGGCAAUCGAAGACACACAGGUUGACCCCUUCCUGGAUGAAGAGAAAGACUGCAGCCUGUCUCACCCCAGCAUCCAGCUGCAGUGUGUGGAGGACUGGGGGGGUGGAGGAGUAUACGGACAAUAUCAGGGCCAGGACUUUCUCCCUGAGCCCCCCUCUCUCACUCCUUCACCUUUCCGCUCCCUGUCUCCCUCCCCUCCUCCUGUGCGUGAGGAAAGCCUGCGCUCCUCCCUGACACUCCAGACCACUGAGCCCUGUGCCACGCCCAUCCACCACAGCGUCAGCAUCUCCCACGGUAACGCCCCCCUCCUCCUCUCCCACUGCGUCUCCCUAGGCCUCACCACCGUCGCCGUUGAUGUUCACUUCUACCCAGCAGCUCUUGCGUCAGCCACCGCUGCCAUGGCGACCGUGACAGCCGCCACACAGGUUAAUGCUACCGCCGCUGCUGCUCCAGGGCCCCAGCUCAGCUCUCGAUUGGCACAAGGUCAGGAGCAUGACCAAUCGGCUCCCAGCAUGUGCCAGAGUAAGUAACUAGAUAGAGGGAAUGCCGGAUGGAGAAUUGGUUCCAACACAGAUGUUGCCAUUAGUCUCCACUUUGGACAGCUUGGCUGGAUUGUUGGUUGUCUUCACGUGUCUCUCUGUGUUUAUCAGCCUGUUUCCUCUGCCUUGAUCUGACACUGGUGUGGAGAAUGUGUUUGUGUUGGAACCAUACACUGAAGACUAUAGGACAACAUCCUAAAUGGUCUACACAUACUGUACCACAGUCAGCUAUAAACACGUCAACUACAUAAUGUCAAUGUAUUCUGUUUCUGUCCUUCAUAAAGAAAAGUCAUAUGAGAUUUUCAUUAUUGAUCAUGUAUAUUAUGGCUUCAUUGUGUAUUACAAAUGUCAGUUACACAAUGAUGCUUGAGGCCUAAAAUAAUGCAUUUAUAGGAAGCAAAAAGUAGAAUAUGUAUAACUGCUUUCAUAAUCUUCUUUUACAUGCCAAUGUUUCUCUGCCUUGACUGAAUAUAUAGCUCAUUAUAUUUAUAUAUACACUUUAUAAACUCAUUUGUGUCAAAUACAUUUUCUCAGUUGAAUAUUCUACAAUGAAAAAGCCAAGGAGAAAACAGCUGUGUAAAAAAUAUUGCAAUCUUUGUUACUUUACACUUCCUAAUCAGGUAAUACACAACCUCUCUCUGUUGCACCAUAAACAGACUGUUACUUCUGUGCUGAAACCAAAGGAAGGUGACGACAGGGCUUAAUUUACUGUAAGUCCCAAUUGAGACCCAGCUGACCUGAAAUUUCAUUUAUCUGGAUCAGUUCACUUUAUGAUCAGUGAAAUGUCUAUAACUUUCAUGAAUUUCCCUUUCCUUUGCUACUGCCAGGAAUUCAUUACUCUUAAAUGAAUGUGUUAAACUGAAAAUUAUAAUUUUUCCCCCUGUAUUUCUCAUCUUAUUUGUUUCAAUAACAUGUCCAGUAUCAAUUGUUGCUAACAAAAGUUAAUGUCAUUUUCAUUUUUUUUUAUCUUACAUAUUUAUAUUUGAGUGUAUUAAAUCAGUGAACUUAUUACCUUUGUAUGGGUGAUAAAAUGCCAACAAAAAAAAAUAUUAAAAAGUUAUGACACAGAUCUAACAUUCACAUACUGUGAUAAUUAUUUUAAGUACUGUAUCAAAUGGAUUUUUAUUUACUCAACAAUGGCCUUAAAAUAAACAGGGAAAUAAUAC